UGACGAUACUUCACCUUUCUCAUUCCUCAGACUCCAACCCACUUUGAUUCUGAAAGAUUUGACUGUUGUUUCCGGUCAGUCAGCUUGCCGAAGCAGUCAGAUUUCCGUCAUACUACUCAGAAUAAAAAUGGCAUCAGGAGAUGAGCUUCCAUCCCAUCUCACUGUCGAUACCCCCAACGUUCAAAUUCUUAACUCUGAGACCUCAAAAAGACUCGUCGAAAAUUUUGUAAUCGCUCUCAUGAACAAGGAGCGUUUCUACAUCCGCACAUUCUUUUCGACAUACAAAGCAUAUACCACUGCUGAAAGUGUGUUGUACAUCCUCCUGGACAAAUAUGGAAGCUUUGGCACCUCAGAGGCAGAAGAGAUUCCAGUAAUCGAUUCAGUGAGCACAAACAGCGGAAACAGUGAUAACAUUCCGAGCUGUGAGGAGCUUGCAAAUCCAGUGCCUGCAGAGACAGUUACAGAGAUCAGAAAGUCCAAAACCUUUGACAGCCCAAACUCUGAGAAAGAUGAAGAACCAAGUUCACCAAAAGCGACUGCAGAAAUCUCAAAUUUUGGAAAUGUUGACAGUGCAAAUGGUGAGGAAAAUGGAAGUUGUGGUUCUUCAGGAUCCAGCGAAAUAAUUGCUAAGUCCAAAACCUUUGACUGCCCCAACUCUGAUAAAGUUGAAGAACCAAGUUCACCAAAAGCGACUGCAGAAAUUUCAAAUUUUGGAAAUGUUGACAGUGCAAAUGGUGAGGAAAAUGGAAGUUGUGGUUCUUCAGGAUCCAGCGAAAUAAUUGCUAAGUCCAAAACCUUUGACAGCCCAAACUCUGAUAAAGUUGAAGAACCAAGUUCACCGAAAGCGACUGCAGAAAAUUCAAAUUCUGGAAAUGUUGACAGUGCAAAUGGUGAGGAAAAUGGAAGUUGUGGUUCUUCAGGAUCCAGCGAAAUAAUUGCUAACUGUGAAAGCAUUGAGUCUGAACACUGUCCGAAUUCUGAUGAAAUUCAGAAUUUAAGUUCACCAGAAAAGGGAGCGACAGUCAAGAAAAGCAUAGACUUCAACAGAUCAAGCUUUCUAGAAGAAUAUAAUUUCAGUCCUGCAGAAAAGGAAACACUAAUGAAAAUUGCUAUACCUGAAAUUCUUGAAAUCUGGCUGGAGGAGUCUGCCGAAGACUUUCGUCAAGUUCCAACUUACUCUUGUCUCCGGAAGGUACUUUGCUACUUGAACCAGACAGUGCCGGGGUCAGAUGCUGAACAUCGGGCCCAGAAACUCCUGAGUCGGUUUUUGGCGGAGGAAACAGCGGAGAAAGAGAUGUUCAAAGGCUACCGUAGAAGAGUUAGAUUCUAUAUUGGAGAAGAACACGACCAAACCAUCGAACAAGUUGACGAAAAGCUCCUGUCCUACCCAUCACGCUUCAUUGCAGAGCAGCUGACUUUUAUGGAUGCUGAUCUUUUUCGGAAACUUGUGCCCAGCCAAUGUUUAGGGUCCAUCUGGUCUCAACGAGGGAAGGAAGAAAAACAGCAUCUGGUAUCAACCGUCCAGGCCACCAUUACACAGUUCAAUAAUGUUACAAAAUGUGUCACCAGCACCAUAUUAAGACCUCAACAGCUGAAACCACGGCAGAGGGCUAAAAUCAUUGAGAAAUGGAUUGAUGUUGCCCAGGAAUGUAGGAUUUUGCAGAAUUUCUCGUCAGUGCAUGCAAUUACUACGGCAUUGCAAUUGAAUAUCACAGCCACGUACAGGAUAUGCCAGGUGUUAUGUGAAUGA